AAAUGAAAACAUAAAAUAAAAUAAAAAGGGGCAAACCAAAGGCUUCUCCUCCUUUCCGUCGACGAGAAAAACCAAAAUGGCCUCUGAUGCGCGCGUCUCCACCUCGAUUACUUCAAACGCGCCUACUACCCCAAAGAAUACGAGAAUACAAAGACUUGAAGAAUAAGCAUAUGACAACCUCGGUGGCCGCCAUAUCUCACCGUCUCCAUCAAAUCUUCCCCCAGUUUUCCUCCUAUUUACCAAAGAUGAAUUCUGUCGACGGCUCCAUGGAGAGAGUUUCGCGCGAUAUUUGCAGUGACUCUGUGAGAGCCGAUGGUCGUCUUCAACAGGUGAGGAAUUUUGCAAUGGUUGCACGCAGUGGCUCAAAGGAACCCGUGUCCUUGUUUGAUUCUUCCUAUGCCGAGGAAUUUCCUAUGCUCUCUCCCGAUGGUAUUUUGCCUAUUAAGAAUAGAAAGUCCAAUAAAAUGAGAACUCGGGUGGAUCUAAGUACGGAAGUGGGCACGAGAGAAAAUAGUUCUUUGCACCAUGAGAGCCCACCUAUGUCCAAUUCCACUUUCCAGCAGUAUGGCACUUCUCUCCCUUCUGAUGACACUUCUUUCCCUUCUGAUUGUCAAGAGAAGGGAACGCCUUCUUAUUCUAGAGAACUCCAUCAUGUUCAAAGUUGUGUAGAUGACGAAGUUAGUAGUACAAAUGCCAAUCAGGAUGACUCCAAGCUGCCCACUAGUCUUGGGAAGAAGAGCAUGCCUCCACAUUUGAGACAGCGUGAAUAUGAAGACAGUACUAGGAAAGAUGAGUCUGAUAACUCUUAUCUGCCUACUCAAUUUGGGAAAAAGAGCACACCUCCUCACUCCAGAAAGCCCCAGCGAGGCCAACCCUAUCACAGGCAUGAUGUUGGUACUGGAAAUUCUGAAUGCCCCAGAGGUUUGCAGAAGUUUGAACCAUUUGAUAUCUGCAAGUCUGGCGUCAUGCAUCCUGUCAAGAAGUGCCUAAUCCCUGAACAAAAUGAAAUAAAGCACUCCAUGGAAGGGACUACACAAGAAGUGCUUAGACCUGGCAUGGUUCUGUUAAAAGGUUACAUCAGCCUCACUGAACAGAUCAAGAUGGUAAAGAAAUGUCGAGAUCUUGGUGUAGGGCCAGGUGGCUUUUACAGACCUGGUUAUCAAGAUGGAGCCAAACUUCGUUUGCAGAUGAUGUGCCUUGGUAUGAAUUGGGAUCCUCAAACAAGGAAAUAUGAAAAAUGGCAUCCACUUGAUGGUUCUGAGACACCUGACAUUCCCCAUGAAUUUAGUGUGCUGGUUGAAAGAGCGAUACAAGAUUCACAGUCCCUUAUUAAAAAGAAUAGUGGUGAGAACAAUGUGGAAGACACACUCCCGAGGAUGUCUCCAAAUAUAUGCAUUGUGAACUUCUAUACGACCAGUGGGCGGCUUGGUCUCCAUCAGGACCGUGAUGAAAGCGAAGAGAGCCUCCUUAAAGGAUUACCCGUGGUCUCUUUCUCCCUUGGCGACUCAGCAGAGUUCUUAUAUGGGAAUCAAAGAAAUGUAGAUGCAGCAGGUAAAGUUGUAUUGGAAUCAGGAGAUGUCCUAAUAUUUGGUGGUCCCUCAAGGCAUAUUUUUCAUGGGGUGUCAUCAAUUAUCCCUAACUCAGCUCCAAACUCCCUACUAGAAGAAACAAAUCUUCUUCCUGGCCGUCUAAACCUUACCCUCAGGCAGCUUUGAUAUGCUUUACCUUCAGACAAUUUUCAUACAGCCUCAUCACGAAAGAAUGCAUCACUGUCAAGUUUUGUCCUCGUAUAUUUUUCUUAUUGCUGUUGGUUUUGUGAUUGAGUAUGGCAAUAUUGUUUGAUAUUUUUGUUCUAUUCCGAAUGAAAUUUAGAUUAUUGGUCCCUUUUUUUUUUCCUUUUUGGGUGGGGGGUGUUCUUUCUAAUAACUUAAGAUUAUGGAACUUCUUGUAUUCUCUCUUGAGGAUUGUAUUGUCCCUAAAUUUGGGCUGGUAUGGCUUA